AUGAAUACGGGCCACCACGAUGUUGUCGGCGCCGGCAGGGUGCCGGCAAUCAUCAUGGACGCCGAUUUUGCACCGCCGAAGCAUUCGGCCGACUACGAGGCGAAGCCGUUGCCAGCCAUUCCGCCUCGGACAUCAUUCUCUAUUCCAGACUUGAAGAACGCUUUCAAGACAUCAAAGCGAGACUUGAACAACAGGCACUAUGUCGACUGGGAUAAGCGGAGUGAUGAGACACCGGUCAUGUUAGACGGUCGCAAUGGAACACCACGAAGCCGCUCUCUUCCAGAGAAUGACGCGAGUAGCAUUCCUACGAUACCAUCUAAUGAGAUACUGUCUCCUCAACCGAGACAUAGCAGGCAGAAGAUACUUCGCCUGACUGGAAAUAUCAGCCCGUCCAUGAGCCUGGCCUCCUUGGAGCCAUCGUUACAUAACUCAGCGCAGAAGAUCAAGCAGCUCACAGGAUUGGAGGAUAUCGGCUCGAGCAGCUCCAGUGAGACCCACCAACAACCAGAGCAGUACUCGAUCCCGGAUGAAGUGUCCCCUAUAUCGCCAGCUUCCAGCACAUAUUCCAUGGAGGGCUUGGAAGCGACGAUCAGCGAGCCCGACUCGGACUUCUCUGAAUACUCCUUACACAGCGACCCCAAUGGGUUAAUGACACAACUUACCGCGCCCACCUAUAGUACCCCCUCGAGUCGACCCGUCUCGACGGCGCCCGUCCCCGAGGCCCCAAGGCUUCGGUUGAGCAGUUUUGCUUUGCGGGAAACAGACACGUCCAGCCAGCGCGGUUCGCUGACAGACUUCAAGGCCCAUUACCGCCAAAGCAGCAACACGGGCUCUUGGGGGUCGUCCAGGAAGAGCUCGGCCACCGUUGUCCCUCACUACGCCAGUGGCAGCGACACAACCAAGUGCAGCCCGCGCGCCUCGGAGUUGAUGACCAGUGUAGACACGGGCCCAUCUUCCCCUGUGUACAAGCAGCGCAGCCUCGUUUGGGACGCCAGCCCAGUCGAGGCCCUCACCGUCGAUGGGCAUGACCAAAUCUCGCCGUCGUCCUCACCGCAGCCUCUUUCGUCACCUGUCUCAGUCGACCGAAGGCCAGGGAGCCUCUCCGACCGCCGCGCGUCCAGCAGGGGCCGCGUGCCAACACCGCUUGAACCGAACGGGGAGUCCCCCAAGCCCGGGAAAUACAGCGUGCCCCAGCGGACGCCCUACCCGCCCCCGAGCUCGGCGCGGAGCGCCUUCGACAACGACGAGGAGGACAGCAAGCGCACCUCGAUCCUGGCCAAGGUCUUCGGCGGCGGCAGCGGCAGCAGCAGCAAGCGGCAGUCGCGCGCGCCGACGCCGUCCUCGUCGCCGUCCCCCUACGGCGACCACAAGCUCUCCGCGGCCGCCAGGGUCGCGGCGCCACCGCCCGAGUCCCCGCGCUGGUCUGAGGGGCCGGACGCGCCGCGGUCGCCGGCUGAGGCUGGUUCUACGGGGUCGCGCAGCCCGCUAUCCGCCAGCGCGAGCUUGUUCCAGCGCGCGAGGCAGAGUGUGGGCUUGCGGAGCAGGGCGGACAAGCGGAGAGAAACGCUGAGGGGGAAGAUCAGGGUUGUUGAAACUUGA